UGGUAUGAAAAUGUUUUUUCCAAUAUGCGAUUGCUGAGCGGACACGUUCCUGCUCCCGCUUCCAUCACUUUCGCCACUACAACUGCCACCUCUGCUAUUACUCCCACUAUAUCUACUACUACAACAUCGAGCAUAAUCGAAAUAAGCGAUAAUGCCAGCGUCGACGAUGUGGACAGUUUUCACGAUCAACAUGAAGACGACGACCCUGUAUCGCCAACAACAACUUCAAAUAACGAGAAUGCCAGCAGUAUUAUUGUCGAUAGAGAAGCCGAUCUUUUACGACGAGAGCUACAGAUGCAGAGAAACCAACAGCAGCGUCGUGAGCUGGCCCUCCGCAUGCAGCAGUUAGACGACGAGUAUGAAGACGAAACAAAUAUGUAUCACUAUCUCAUUCCUGCGAAUCUGAAUGAACAAUUUGAAGUAGCUGAAACAAACACCACCGUCGACACCUAUCUGAUGCGUGUUAUUAGAGAACGUCGCAGAUACACGAUUCUAAUGACAUAUUCUGAAACAGAUCAAUACACACGCCAUGUAUAAGCUUUUGUUUCUAUACCUUCUCUCUCUAUCUUUUUCUCUUUAGUUUUUUUUCCAUUAGAUCUCUCUUUACUUUUUUUUCUCCCUUCUUGUUUUAUCAAAUUUCUUUAAUGUUUAUUCCACCAUUUCUUCAUCAUUUUUCAAACUAUAAUAUAUUAUCCGAUCAUCAACUUCAUG